UUAUUUAUCCUAAAUAUAUAUUUCAGAAAGGUUCCAAUUAACAAAACUAGUGAAAAACAAGAUUUAAAAAAAGCUGGUUCAACUGAAAAAAAAUCCAAAUUGUCAUACUUGAAAAUGUUCAAUACUAUUAAAUAUAAAGAUGAUAUAUCCGAAAAAUCUAAAAAAGAUUAUGAUCCACUUAUUACAAAGAAAUUGGAUCAAGUGGAUGUAGAAUAUUUGCCUAUUUUGUCUGAAACAAAAUCUUUACGGAACGAUUUAAAAAAACAAAUCCGCAAUUUUUGUCAAAUGAUGAUGAUGUCACAUUUACAAAGCCCUGUUGAUAUUCAGUCUGAACUAACUCAACAUUUUUAUCAAAAUAUUUUGGAUAUGCUGAAUAAUAAUUAUUCUUAUGAUGGAUUGAGUCAUGAAAAAAAAGAACAAAUUUUGGAUUAUGCAGAAAAAUACUCUAUGAUAAAACUAUAUAAGUUUUUAUUUUGUAUGACUUUAGCGGAUGAAGAGGAAGAUUUAGCUAUACAGAAAAGAAUUCGUCAGUUAAAUUGGGUGAAUGCUAAACAUCUAGACUGUGAUAUUGACAAAACUAAUGCUCAGAUUAUUGAAUUGGUAUAUAAAGCAAUUCUAGAAUUAUUAGAUAUGGAUUCGGCUACAGCACCACAAGACAAAUUGGCAUGUGUUGUUAGAUGCUGUCGACAUAUAUUUGGAGUUUUGCAAGGUGGAAACAAUGGAAUGAAAGGACCUGCAUCUGCUGAUGAUUUCUUGCCUGUUCUCAUAUUUGUUGUUCUUAAAGCAAACCCAGUUAGACUUAAGUCUAAUUUGCAUUAUGUGACUAGAUUUUGUAAUGCUUCAAGGCUGAUGUCUGGAGAAGCUGGAUAUUAUUUUACCAAUCUGUGUUGUGCCGUAUCAUUUAUUGAAAAUAUUAAUGCAGAACUUCUUAGUAUGAAUAUUGAAGAAUUUGAGCAGUACAUGAAUGGAACAUUAGUAUCUGAUACCUGGGAUUCUGCAUUAAUUAUAUGUGAAGGGAUGCAUCAAAUGUUUGAGCAAUUGGCAUUGUUGGCAGAUUUAAAAAGAAGAAAUAUAAUGAUUGUUGAAGAUGCAUUAAAGCUUAAGAACGAAAUGUCUGAUUUUAAGGAUAAUUUUAUGGAUCAAUUUGCGGUAUUAAAAGAAGUGUAUACUAUUAUUGAUGAUUGUGAUGAAACAAAUAACAAAGUGGCUGUUAGUAUUGAUGAUUAUGACCCUUUAUGUUCCAGUUUACCCACAGGAUUAUCAUGGACUAUGAUACCACAGGUUAUUCAACCUGCAGAAAGAACUCGUACAAGUUCUUCUUGUACAGAUGGUGAUUCUUGGGACAUCCAUUCUGCCGAAACAGUAUCAUUGCAUUCAUUAGAUGCUUGUUCUAAUAUACCACAAGAAAAUAAUGAAAUUGCGGGAAGUAGCUUAGAACCAACAAUAAAAGCACAACCACAGUUAGAUGAAAUACAGGAAAUAUCUAUACAAGGAUGGCAAAUACCAAGUAUACCAUGUGAAACUGGAGGAAAAGAAAUUAUCAACUCAAAAAUAAAUCCGCAAUAAAUAUAAUUAUUUUAUUUAGUUUUUAAUAUAUAAUUUUGUUAAUAAUGCUACCGGUUUAUUUAUUUUUAAUAAUAUAUUAAUUAUUAUAUUGUGUUAA